GACACCCCCGCUGCCGCCGCGGGGACUACACGUCCCAGGGGCUCCCCGCGGCCGGGCGGUGGCGCGGGGCAUUCUGGGAGUUGUAGUCCACGCCUGGACAGACCCUUUGCCCGCGACGCGGUUCCUCCUUCCUCCCCGCACUACAUCUCCCGUCGGCCGCCGCGGCGGGCCCGGGGUCCCUCGGCGGAGACAUUUGCGAGCCGAGUGUCUCCAAGAUGGCGGCGUGGGGAAGGAGGCGCGCUGGCCCCGGCAGCACCAACAGCGGUGGCGGCCGGGAGAGGGUCACCUUGUCCUCCACGGACUGUUACAUCGUGCACGAGAUCUACAACGGAGAAAACGCUCAGGACCAGUUUGAGUACGAGCUGGAGCAGGCCCUGGAGGCUCAGUACAAGUACAUAGUGAUAGAGCCCACUCGCAUCGGGGACGAGACGGCCCGCUGGAUCACUGUGGGGAACUGCCUGCACAAGACCGCCGUGCUGGCGGGCACGACCUGUCUCUUCACCCCUCUGGCCCUUCCAGUAGAUUAUUCUCACUACAUCUCCCUGCCAGCUGGCGUGCUGAGCGUGGCUUGCUGCACCCUCUACGGGAUCUCCUGGCAGUUUGAUCCCUGCUGCAAGUACCAAGUGGAGUACGACGCCUAUAAACUUUCCCGCCUGCCCCUGCAUACACUCACCUCCUCCACCCCCGUGGUGCUGGUGAGGAAGGACGACCUGCACAGAAAGAGACUGCACAACACGAUAGCACUCGCUGCCCUGGUGUACUGUGUAAAGAAGAUCUAUGAACUCUAUGCUGUAUGACUCCAGCAGGGAAGAGAGCAGCCCGCAAAGACGAGUGGAUUAAGGCUCCCACAGUAACGUUUUGGUUUUCCUCUUUGAGAAGCGGUGGAGACUGGGAAGGAGCUGGUUUCAUGGAGCUGUUGUUUUUGCAGAGAACACAUCACUGGUGCACCAAGGUUUUUCAGUUCUUCGUUACACUUAGGAAUGUGGAUGUGUGGUGACUUGAGAGCAGGAUGUCAGGCCAGGGGAGUCCGAUCCAGCAGGGGAAUGUUGAUGAAAGAAAGCAAGCUAGAAAAAAAAAAAAAGGGGUGUGAGAGCUUUUUUUUUUCUUUUUGUUUUUUUUUUCUUUUUUUGGGAAACAUUUAAGUAUAUUGUUUAAUUGUAUUACACAGAACCAGCCAGAAAUUACCAUUGACCAUUAAAGGAUGAGAAUUUCAAA